UACACUAUAUUAAAAUAUAGUAUACACUAUAUUAAAAUAUAGUAUACACUAUAUUAAAAUAUAUUCGAUCAUAAUAUAAUGGCAAAGGGAAACGAUUCCUUUCAAAUUAAACGCGAAACAGCAACCCAGACCGGAGAUCGUAAGGACGAUGAUAAAACAGUUCAAAAGAGAAGCACAAACCGCGCAAGAAAAGGGAACACAUUUCUUCUGAUGAUAAAAAAUACGAAAUUAUUCCAAAAAAUGACAGCAUAACAAAUAUUCAAGAUGCUUGUGAUUUCAAAAAUGAUAGUAUCGAAAGAGAAGAGCCGAAAUAUGAUAUCGAUAAGAGUAUUUCCUAUUUUUCUGAAUCAAACACCAACAUAAGCUAUGAUCACUUGUCGCCAACGGAUAGAUUUUAUUACAGUUGUGAAGAUUUUUAUGAUAUUACUUAUCCUCAAAGACCCAUGGGCAAAAGAUUGAUUAAUAUUGCUCCCCAUACUCUGGCAUGGAAGAGCGCCCAUAGAAAUAUAGAGAAACUGACGGAUGAAUUAACUAAAAGUAAAGAAAACCUGGCAAACACACAAUAUAGAAAUACAAACGAUUAUAAAUCAACUUUCAAGGAUUAUAGUGAAUGUUAUAACGAACUCUUAAACAAGUACAACGUGUAUGAGACAAAUAUCAGCGAAGAUCUACGUAAAAUACCUGAUAAUUCAUAUGGAGAUAAUCAUAUGCCUCAGGCCGAUAUUUAUUAUUCUAAAAAUAUGCUUUUUGAAAAUAACAUUAAAACAACGCAGAUGUCUAUCGAUUGUAAAGAGGAGAAACAAAUGGUAAAAAUUGGUAGCAAAAAGGCUACUCAAACAUCGAUAAGAUUCACUAGUACUCGCGAAAUAAUUACUACUAUAGAAGAAACUAAUAAAAAGAAAUCCUUAUCCAAUGUUAAUAAAAGUAAAGCCACGUCCAAAUCUGCAAACUCGACCCUUUCAAAUAAAAAACUUUUAGUUCUUCCUAUCGGCAAAAAUUCCCAACAUAAAAAAUCAACACAUACGAUCUCAAGCUCCUCCGAUUCUCGUAGAUCAAGUGAUGCGACUCAUUCCUCUAAUUCUAGCACUUCUCAAUCAACCAGUUCUGAACAAGAUUAUUAUUCAGUCGCACCUUCUAAUAAAAGUCAUCAGAAAGAUAAAUCAAAAUUCUCCAAGAACUCUAUGGAAAACAAGCAAAGAGAAUUCCAACAAGCACAUAAAAACUUUGCUAGAAGAUAUGGAUCUCUAUACUUGAAUGAUAUGAGCAGUUCUAUGAGAGCCCUUUUUAGGAUAUUUUAUUGUAACUAUCAAAACAAUGCUAAAUCUUCGAAAUAAUUAAAAUGAAUUUAAUCGAAUUUUUAAUAAUGUAUUUUGUUAUUCGGGAAUUA